ACUGUGAGUCUGACCAAACCCGACCAAGCCAAAAUUAAACCACACCUCAAAGCUCAACCUUACAGCACUCGGCCUUCACGUUCCGCCUCACCAUGCCGCCGCAGCGAAUACUCCUCCGACCUCCGCACCUACAUCUCCAGCCCUUCUCGCUCAGCCGGCUAUACCACGUGCCGACGGCGGCGCCGGCGCCCUUCUGCCGACCACGCAAUGCCCCGCCCACGCUCACGGCCCGGUCGAUAGUUCUGCGCCCCCUCUCCCUCCUCCCACGACACGCCGCCUUCUUCCACAGCACGCCCACCCUUCCACGGGACCACCACUUCGACACGCUCAAGUUCGUGCAGCGGCUGGAAGCGGAGGGGUUUUCACGGGACCAGAGCGAAGCUCUUCUCCGAGUACUCAGCGACGUAGUAGAAGAGAGCAUCCAGAACCUGACGCGGACGAUGGUUCCGCGCGAGGACCAGGAGAAGAUCAACUACGCGCAAAAGGUAGAUUUUGCCAAGCUGCGCAGCGAGCUCACCGCGCUUCACGGGAGUGAAUUGAACCCGAUCAAAAAUGAUCAGGAGCGGCUGAAUAGCGAGAUAAGUAGGUUGAGUGCUAGGCUGCGCGAGGAGGUGCAGAGAGCACAGUCGAGUGUUAAGCUCGAUCUUAAUCUGGAGAAGGGCAGGAUUAGGGAGGAGAGUAGUGUGCAUGAGCUGAAGAUUAAGGAGACCGAUACGAGGAUCGAGAAGGAGGUUGGAGAUCUCAGGGGUAUGCUCGAGAGUGUCAAGUUCUCGACGCUGCAGUGGUUGAUCGGUGUUUGCACGGGUACCGCGGCGCUGUUGUUAGGUGUGUGGCGUUUGUUAAUGUGAAUGCGUCGCAAGUGUGCUUCCAAGUUCCGUCCCUUCGCCGACGAGUCCACCAUGGAGUGUAAACUGGCGAACCUCCCAUCACUUUGUAUUAUAUCAUGUAGCGUAGCCGAUUCCCCAAGAGAGAUAUCAACCCAGACCCAACCCCAAAUCCGUGUGCGCAA